AUCUUACAAAGAUAGACUCUAUUAAAGCAAUUAUUUCAAAUUGUAAUAGUAUUUUAAAGUUCUUUAAUAGAUUACAUAUUGCUCACAGCUAUUAUAAAGAACAAUUAACUAUUAUGAAAAUAAAAGGUGAAAAUGAAAACAUCAAAGAAAAUAAUGAUUUACAACAAACAUUAUCUACUGAUUUAAGUAUUUCUCAAAUUAUUGAUUUGUCAUUAUCUGCAUUUUUAGCAACAAACAAUAUUUUGUUUGAAUCUACUACAAAUAGAUUAGCACUUUAUGAAAGAAAUCAUAAUUUAGGCAAUAUGAAAUAUAAUUUGAUUAGCUUAACACAACAGAUAGUGAAUGAAGAAAAUAGUAAAAUUAGUAAUAAUAGCUACAAUUGA